GGCCUGGCCAUUCGCGACCCGGAGCUGCGCGGGCGCAAGCUGGUAGGGACUCCGGGCGGGUGGCGGCAGCAGCGGCGCCCCGCGCAACCUGGAGGCCGCCGAGGCUCGCCAUGCCGGGAGGACUGUAGCUCCUCCAUGGAGUCGGCCGACUUCUACGAGGCGGAGCCGCGGCCCCCGAUGAGCAGCCACCUCCAGAGCCCCCAGCACGCGCCCAGCAGCGCCGUCUUCGGCUUUCCCCGGGGCCCUGGCCCUGCGCAGCCCCCAGCCCCACCUGCAGCCCCGGAGCCGCUGGGUGGCAUCUGUGAACACGAGACCUCCAUCGACAUCAGCGCCUACAUCGACCCGGCAGCCUUCAACGACGAGUUCCUGGCCGACCUGUUCCAGCACAGCCGGCAGCAGGAGAAGGCCAAGGUGGCCGCGGCCCCCUCGGGAGGCGGCGGCAGCGACUUUGACUACCCGGGCGCCCCGGUGGGCCCCGGAGGCGUUGUUAUGCCCGGAGGAGCGCACGGGCCCCCUCCCAGCUACGGCUGCUCCGGGGUCGGUUACCUGGACGGCAGGCUGGAGCCCCUGUACGAGCGCGUCGGGGCGCCAGCGUUGCGGCCGCUAGUGAUCAAGCAGGAGCCGCGCGAGGAGGACGAGGCAAAACAGCUGUCGCUGGCCGGCCUCUUCCCCUACCAGCCGCCGCCGCCGCCGCCACCGCACCCGCACCCGCCGCCCGCGCACCUGGCUGCCCCGCACCUGCAGUUCCAGAUCGCACACUGCGGCCAGACCACCAUGCACCUGCAGCCCGGCCACCCCACGCCGCCGCCCACGCCCGUGCCCAGCCCGCAUCCAGCGCCAGCUCUCAGCGCCGCUGGCCUUCCCGGUUCCGGCGGCGCGCUCAAGGGGCUGACCGCUGCGCACUCCGACCUCCGCGCGGGCGGCGGCGGCGCGGGCAAAACCAAGAAGUCGGUGGACAAGAAUAGCAACGAGUACAGGGUGCGGCGCGAACGCAACAACAUCGCAGUGCGCAAGAGCCGGGACAAGGCCAAGCAGCGCAAUGUGGAGACGCAGCAGAAGGUGCUGGAGCUGACCAGUGACAAUGAUCGCCUGCGCAAGCGGGUGGAACAAUUGAGCCGCGAACUGGACACUCUGCGGGGCAUCUUCCGCCAGCUACCAGAGAGCUCCCUGGUCAAGGCCAUGGGCAACUGCUCUUGAGGCCCGGCGGCGGGACCGCUCUGGGCCGGCCCCUGGCUGGGACCUAGGGAGUGCUUUCGGGUCUCCGGAUCUCAAGACUGUCAGAGCCGCGCAUGCCAGGACUAGGAGAUUCCGAUGCCGCCUGAGAGCCUGGCCUUGCUUUCUUCUGCGCGGGACACGGUGCGUCCAAGAUGAGGGGUCAGGCAGUGGUUUCUUCCUGUAAAAGAGGAGAAGCAUCGUGGGGCCAAGCCAGGAGCCUGGCAACUUUAGUAUUAAAGAAUAACUUUGUGCCUUGGAAAUGCAAACUCACCCGCUCUGAUUCCUACCAAGUAGGGGGAGCAAAAUUGUGCCUUGUCAUUUUAUUUGGAAGGUUCCUGCCUCCUUCACAAGGCUGCAGCUGGCUCCCAUGAGAGAAGGAGGGGUGCAGUCCCCAUGCAGGAGGAAGGUUCAGGGAGAGCAGAGACCCAGAGAGCCAGUCCCCAGCUGUUCCUCAGCUCCUUGUCUGUGGGGGGGGGAGGAAACACAGGGAUCUGGGGCUCUGAACCCACCGCGGUUCCCCUAGGUUCCCCUGGGACCCAUGAAGGUGGAGGGUCCCUUGUUCCUUGCCUCUCACCUCUCAGCCUACCACAGGCUGGCUGGGCUUCCAGGGCAGAACUCUUUGAUUUCAGCGUCACCAGUGAGAGACCUCGCUCCCAGGCAGACCAGAAAGCUAGGUGUGGGUUAGCUUAACGACCUAUGUUCAUGAGAGUGGUGGCCUGGUGGAAGCCGGGAGCACAGAGUUCCCGUCCGGGGGCUGGAGGCAGGGUGAAGGGACCCUGGGAGCACCAGCCAUGUCCGUCCUGUCAGUGGGCAGCACUGCCACACAAACACGAAGCACAGUCAGUCCAUCCCAGAGGGACCGAGUUAUGAGAAGCUUUCCAAAUAUUUUGCUUUAUCAGCCGAUAUCGGCAUUUGUAUCUGGCCUCUCUGUGUCCCAGUGGUGCCUUGUGCAAUGUGAAUGUGCCUGUCUAUGCGAAACCACCAUUUUCUUUGGUUUUUGUUUUGUUUUGGUUUUGCUCAGAUACUUGCCAAAAUGAGACUCUUCGUCAGCAGCUGCAGGGAGGGUCUGCGGCUCUCUUUCCUUUUGGUUUUGGGAUUGCUUUUGCUCCCAGGGGAACCGAAGAGGCGAGAUGGGCUUCCCCUCUCCCCUCAGCUUUCCCUGGGGGUGGCUGUGGGCCUCCGUCUGCUCCGGCCCAGGCUGCCCGCAGGCUUGUCCCCUGCAGAGGCCCUGGCUCCGGGUCUGGGAGGGAGGCGCCUCCAGCCAGCACGCUCGGAUCGCUGGGCUCGGGACAGGGAAGGACAGCUUGGUUCUCUUCUUUUGGGGAGAACGUAAGAGUUUCAUGUUAGAUGUUUUAUGUAUUAUAUCUAUAAUAUAAAUGUAUCAAAGUAAA